AUGGGGCACAAUAAACUAUCUUGCAAGAAUCCCUCAGUCCAACCAACACCAAAGCCUAAGAAGAAAAUAGGAAGGCCAAGGUUGAAUCCAGAAUUGACCAACUGCACUAGACUUAGGAGAGGUGGUGGAAGAGGUGGUAGAAGUGGUAGAAGAGGGUCUACCAGUGUUUAUGAAGAAAGUGAAAUACCUACUGUUGACAGUGAACAUGUACCAGAAACACAGGAAGCAGAUGUUAACAUUGAUGAUGAAUGUGAUGGUCUUGAUAUGGCUGAUCUGGAUCAAAUACUGAGUGAUUUGAGUUACCUUAGAGAGUCAAAAUACGGUGAAGCAGACAUCCUUUUGUGUCUUAAUAUCACCCAAUCACAACUGAAAGGAUUUGAUGCUUUGAUUCACCAAUCCAAACAAGCUGCAAAGGAUGUGCCUUUUGUGAGUGAACAUGUACCAGAAACACAGGAAGACAAUGGUGAAGAUGGAGCUGAAGAAUCACAUGAGGAAAAUGAUGAAGAUGGAGCUGAAGAAUCAUAG